AUGGUAGUUGCACUCGUCUAUUCAAGAAAGUUAAAAGUGGAUAAUAAUGGGGUAGGUGAGCUAGGAGAUAGUGAGGUAGGUGGCGGUGAAGCGGCUGUAAACUGGCAAAAUGCUCGAUACAAAGCCGAGGUACUGUCACACUCGCUUGACGAGCAGUUGUUGGCUCACGUGUCUUGUUUGCGAAUUGCGACUCCCGUGGAUCAGCUGCCCAGGAUCGAUGCACAGCUGGCGCAAUCACAACAUGUUGUCGCGAAGUAUUCGGGUCUCGGUAGGCAGGGUGGUAAUCUUGGUGAUGAUAAGGAGCUUGAUCAAUUCAUGGUACGAAAACUGCAACAACAUGUUCGUGUUAACGCUAUGGAAGCUGUUAUCGCGUGUUGGGAGAUCGAGCAGUCCCUACAGAGCUUGACAGGUUUUGUGGCUUUGUUGGUUUGGAUUUCGGUUUGA